UAUUUCGAAGUGCAACGCUGUGUGUGUUUACUAUGAAGGAAAGAAAAAGAGGAAGAGAUUAAUCAUUUAAACAGCUGGCAUUUUUGUAUUCGUCAAAAUCGUCUUUUUCUGACAUGCGGAUUUUGGAACAUUGUUUAUAUCGUCUGGAGAAACAUGGAAUCAACAACCGAUUCAGCUUUACGAAGUUUAUUACAAACUACAGCUAGUUCUAAGCAAAAUCCGCACAACACUCUGCAACCACUACAGCCGGCUGUCACUCCCAUUGUUGAGCCGAAGGAUGUGCAACAUGAGGUGAAACUGCAAAACGUAGUUGCAACAGUUUCGGUGGCUUGCGAAUUGAAUCUCCAGGAUAUAAAUUUUCGUACACGUAAUUCUGAAUAUACUCCCUCCCGCUUUCACGGUGUUGUAAUGCGCAUGCGUGAACCUCGUUGUACGGCACUCAUAUUCCGUACGGGGAAAAUAAUUUGUACCGGCGCACGCAAUGAGGCGGAGGCAAGUUUGGGUGCAAGAAAAUUCGCACGCAUAUUGCAGAAGUUGGGCUAUCCAGUUAAAUUUGUAGAUUUUAAAUUACAAAAUAUCGUUGCCACCGUCGAUUUGAGAUUUCCAAUUCGCCUGGAAAAUCUUAAUCAAAUGCAUGGUCAGUUUAGUUCAUAUGAGCCAGAACUUUUUCCAGGGCUAAUAUAUCGCAUGGUUAAUCCACGUAUGGUACUCUUAAUUUUCGUGAAUGGGAAAAUUGUAUUUACCGGCGCUAAAGCGCGUAAGGACAUAAUGGAAUGCUUGGACAAAAUUUAUCCUACGCUGCUAAGCUUCCGCAAGAAUUAAGGCUGUUGUAUAUGUAGUGUAUAGUAUUUUAUUUAGUAAUUAUAUUAAUGAUGUGCUUAGUUAUUUAUGUAUCGCUUGUAUGUAUAUAGUUUGUUUCUAUUUUAAUAAAUUAAGCUUAUUUCAUACAAAAA